UAUGGUCGCUAGGUUAUGUCCGAGGUCCGAGCUAUUUCCGUUUUACUUGACUAGUCGCACGUGCAUCGUGCGCACACAAUAUUUCAUUUUCUCAUAAAAAAAAAGAGUACUCUCGGUACCACUGCGUUAUUAGAAAAUGUAAAUGUCUAUAUUGAAUUAAUUUAAUCAUUGUUUAAUUGAUUAAAACAAUUUGUAUAAAGAAUGAAAGUCACAAAGCCCACACGUGGACGAGGCGAUAUCGCCAGUGCAUCGCCGCGAAAGAACGAAACGAAAACAUCCAAGAUUAAAUCCAAGAAAGUCACAGAGACUAAAGACAAAAGUAAGAAAGCUUUAGUCAUUGCUCAAGAAAUCAAAAUCGCCCGAUUGCUGGCUAACAACGACAAGAAGGUUCGUGAUCAGGUACUGAAAAGACUUAAUAAAUGGCUAACGGUGCGAUCGCAGAGUUCGUUUGUUUUUACAAAAACGGAUUUUAUGAGCCUGUGGAAAGGCCUCUUUUAUUGCAUGUGGAUGUCAGACAAGAUGCUGACCCAGGAAGAACUGGCGGAGUCACUCAGCAAACUUGUGCACUGUUUGAAAUCAAAAGACACUAUUGUACUUUACACUAGCUGCGCUUUGCAGACACUCGCUACUGAAUGGUUUGGCAUAGAUCAAUACAGACUGGACAAAUUCUCCAUGUUAGUCAGAAGAAUUCUUCGUCAAACGUUUGUUAUUUGUAAAAACCAAUCAUGGAAUAUGGAAUGGGUGACAGAUAUAUCACAGAUAUUUACACAACUCUUUUUACAUGUAAAAACUGCUCAAGGAUUUAAUCUGCAUGUGACGGAGAUAUAUAUGGAGGAGCUUGCCAAGAUUAGUAAUGGAAAUGUACCGGAGAAUGUGGUCCACGAAUUUAUUAAACCGUUCGCCGUGUAUUUAAUAACCACAGAUGACGAACGACAGAUGAAACAUAUCAUGCGGCACAUUUUUAGACAUCUGAUAUUCCAAUCUGAUAUCGGUAUGGACUACACAGAGAAAUUCAAAGCUUGGAGAACCGCUGGUUUUCCAUGUGCGUAUAUAGAUGAUAUGCAAAAGGAAGAGAUAUCCGAUACGGAAGAAAAUUCCGACAAUGAAGAUAAACAGUUAUCUGAAACUGAGACUCAAAAUGAAAUCACAAAUGAGAAGCCUUUAGAUCCAAGGGCGGGUAGAGUGGAUGUUGAACUACCGCAAAUACCCUUUAACGCCGCAAAGAUCGCCGAGUUGCUUUCAACUUAUAAAUUUCAUCCCUCGUCAACGGCGAAAUCUCGUAGACAGCUCGUGAGACUUAUUCAUGAGUUUACGGAAUUGUCGCAGGGAAGGAUGCCGCUUGGAGUAAAAAGAGUUAGAAAAUCAACUUCUCAGAAAAAAUACAUGGAUUCGAGAAAGGCCGCGGUGCGUCUCGUUCAGUUUGAGAAAGAAUUGCUCUCCGAUAAACCGAAUAAAAAGCGAAAGAGAGAAAGAAAUGACAGUGCAGAUCGAGUUUCUACCAAUAAUUCAAAAAAUGAAAAUUCUUCAGAUUUAGAAUUUGAUACAUAUAUAGGUGCCGAUUCGAAAAGCAAGCUAACUGCUGCAACAAAUAAGGCGAAUAAAAAGCGAAAAAUAGAAAAAAAUGAUACAGCAAUUUGUGAUCAAGUUUCUGUUAACAAUUCGAAGUAUGGAUCUGCUGGUUUGAAAAGCAAACUAACAAAUGCAACAGAAACCGCAAAAGCUAAUUUGCGAAAUGUAGAUGUAAAUACAGUGUCGCUUAAUAAGAAACGGAAAAGAAGUGAUUCCAUGUGUAAUAUACCUAGCACUAAAUCUGAAACUAUUAAGACCAAGAAAAAGCUACAAUUAGAAACUUCUAAAAAAAAUAAAGCUACAAAAAUUAAAUUAAAUAAAAAAAGUAAAAAAUCUAUAGCAGACAAAAAUGUAGAACAUAAAACAAAAAAAGCGAUAAUUUGUAAGGAUCAAAUAUGUAAUAAUACAGAUCAAUGUACUUCUACCUCGCCAAUUUCUAGUAAAAAAGUUUCAUUAAAAGAAAUUAAAGUUUCAUUAAAAGAAAUUAACAACAAAUCUGUAGCUAAGAAAGCAAUAACGAAAACCAAAAUUACGCGCCAAAAGAAGCCACUGAAAAAUGAACUAUGCAAGAAAAAGAAACAAACUAAUUUAAGUAAUUCUCCGAUGGAAAAGAAAAAAGUAAUAUUCGGACUUUCUCGAAAUACAGCGCAACAUACAUCUGAAUACAUCAAACAAGUCCGCAGAAGUCCAGGCAUUCCGUUUGAUGCAAAUAAAAAGCCGUUGGCCAGCGUAUUGAAAAUGAAUCCUAUACCAAGUCCACUUAAUCCAUUUUACAAAAACUAAUGCAUAAAAUGUGAUUUAAAUUAAACUUUCUUAUGAAAUUGCUUGAUAAGAAAACGAAGCAUUUUCAAAUAAUAAAUGUUGGCUGUAAAAAAACGCUCUUUAGAAUUGUACACGUUAAUUGGAUUUUAUUACCAGUGCUUCUUCUGACAAAUAUAGUACUUGUCUUCUAUCGAAGGUCAGCACGACUAAUGUCUAGUUAAAAUUCUUAUCGAUUUAAGUGUUUUGUAAAAAACUCCUGCUAUUGAAGAUAUACAUAUGAUUGUGUAAUAACUAAAAUAAAUAAGCUCGCAGUUUAUCUCUAUACAUUUAUUUUAAAUUCAUACUGCUGAGUUGAAUGGCACAAACGAUAGCAUAAAUAUGUACUUUCUAAAUACGAUUGUUAUGCAAUAGAAACAAAAGUUUUGUUGCACCAUUAGUGAAUAUUCAUUUAUUUUCAGUUUAAAACAUUCUAUUUGUGUUUUGUUAUUGCAUAACAAUCAUAGAACAAGAUGCACAGAUUUAUACUGCCCAAAUACAUGUACAACUUAAUACACCACAUGUAACAUUACAGUGGUUUUAAACAUCAUACACGCAGUAUAUAUUGUUACAUAAAAUACUCCGUGUAUUAUGUUGUUAAUAAUACACGUAACAACUUUAGA